CCCUUGAACCCUGUCCUCUCAAGAAACCCAAGACUCUUUUAGAGUCCCUUUUGCCUUAGUCAAUGCCGAGAGACUAAAAUUUGCUCUGUUCGAAAAUCCGCACGGCGACGACUUACUCAUUUCACAGUUCAAAGUCAAACCUCACAAUGGACAUCGGUACAGAACAGCAGCAGGGCGAUGCUCUCUCAGAGGGCCGGCGCAUCUACCUGGGCAACCUGCUCUAUGCGGUCACUCCCAGCAACAUUGAAGAUUUGCUGCGAGAGUCCGGAUAUGGCGACUCAUUGGAGAAGCUGCAUAUCUCAGUCGACCCCGUGAGUGGAAGGAACCCCGGCUACUGCUUCGUUGAGUUCACGACGCGCGAAGCGGCCGACCGGGCACUGGAAUCGCUGCCCGGCAAGCUUCUCUUCAACCGCCCCAUCAAGGUCGGGCCGUGCCAUCCCAAGACGCCUCAUCAGUCUCGCUGGCGCGGCAGUCGUGGCGCUGAGUAUACCCCGACCUUCCAGCGUUGGGGUGACUGGAAAGGGAGCCCCGAGAACGCCGGUCGGCGCGGUCAGCCGCGGGAAGAACAGGGCCCGUAUGCGGCAGUCCAGCAUAUAGAAGAGAGGAGCAGUCGCCCACGGUCAGGCAUCAACACGACACAGCUUUACAUUGGCGGCCUGGAUAUCAUGAUCAACCAGGAGCACCAUGACACCGAGAUGCAAAGGCUGCUAGAGGGUUUCGAAUACGUCGCCAUUGGCAAGCGGAUCACUCCGCCAGCGGCAACAAGGUCUCUACCAGGUCGCCACCAUUAUUGUUUCGUCGAUUUCAGCUCAGCCGAAGAAGCCGAGAGAGCGAUCAAGGCCUUGGAUAGUAGGCCGUUCAAAGGAAGCCCCUUGCGCGUUCGUCACAGCACAAAAAGGAUGCCCGACUUGGACUGGAAGAAAGUAACCGGCGGCCCUCGCGACUCCAGUCAGCCUGCCAUGGGCGGGCAGCAGGGCCGGCAGGAUGACCCGGACAGGAGGGAGCGCAGCGAGAGGCAGAGGGCCAUCAUGACGGCCAGCAGCUGGCGGACUGGUCCCAAUGCCAACUGAGACUGCAUAGUAAUGCUAUGGGAGACCAGCCUAUAUUUGAAUCGGCUUUCGGCGGCAAUGGCGCUACUAUACUACCCGUAGUAACCGUCCGACAGGAGACUACUCGAAAUACAUACAUUAGGAGCAUCGCUCUUCGC